GCGAGCCGGGCUCCGCUGGGAUGCGAUAAGGGCGCGGGCACCGAGCGCGCUGCCCCCCUCACCCCCUUCGCCGCCCGCUCCUCGCCCUGCGGAGCGCGGCCUUCGCCUGAGGGAAUGAAACUUUAACAAGAAGUCUAUGUUAAAGCCUGGCUGACAGCAAGAGAGGCAAAGUGUAGAAGCAAUGCCCUGAUGAAAAGGCACUGGCAUCCCUUUCUUUCUCAGCAGUUACAACAUCUUGUGAUGGAAGAUGGAAGACAAAGGGGCCCGUGUUGCCGACUACUUUGUCGUCGCAGGAUUAACAGACAUCUCCAAACCACUGGAGGAGGAAAUCCACUUCAAUGACGCCUGCCAUAAAAUAGCCAAGCCAAAAGAACCCAUCACAGAUGUAACAGUGCUUAAUAAAUCCCUGGGGGAGGAAGUUCCUCAGGGAUAUAAGUGCAUAGAUGUCACUCCCUCAGGCCUGUCUGCGGAUCUCAACAAUGGCAGCCUUGUAGGACCGCAGAUAUACCUUUGUUAUCGCCGGGGAAGGGACAAGCCCCCACUCACUGAUUUGGGGGUUUUAUAUGAUGGGAAAGAGAGAGUGAAGCAAGGCUGUGAAAUAAUCCAGACCACUCCCUAUGGUCGUCCUGCCAACAUCAGUGGCAGUGCCUCGUCCCAGCGCGUGUUCAUCACCUACCGCAGGGCCGCCGAGAACAUGACCCAGAACGCACUGGCUGUCACAGACAUCUGCAUCAUCAUCCCCAGCAAGGGGGAGACCCCUCCACACACCUUCUGCAAGGUCGACAAGAACCUUAAUAACAGCAUGUGGGGCUCAGCAGUAUAUUUAUGUUACAAAAAGUCUGUGGCAAAAACCAACACCAUAUCAUAUAAAGCUGGUUUAAUAUGCAGAUAUCCUGAAGAAGAUUAUGAAUCAUUCCCAUUACCAGAAUCUGUGCCUCUUUUUUGUCUGCCUAUGGGUGCAACCAUUGAAUGUUGGCCAUCAAACAGUAAAUACCCUCUCCCAGUUUUUUCUACCUUUGUGCUAACUGGAGCUUCUGCAGAAAAGGUAUAUGGUGCUGCUAUUCAGUUUUAUGAGCUGUAUCCCGAAGAGAACCUCACAGAGAAACAAAGAUCUCAGCUGGGCUUGGCAGCUGCUGCUGAGGGCAAGUCAGACACGUGCAGAACAGUUCAGACAAACAAAUGCAUCUGUCUGCUCUCCCACUGGCCUUUCUUUGAUGCUUUCAAGAAGUUUCUCACCUUUCUGUAUCGUUACUCCAUUUCUGGGCCACAUGUCCUUCCCAUUGAAAAACACAUUUCCCAUUUCAUGCAUAGAGUUCCUUUUCCAUCCCCUCAGAGGCCAAGAAUUCUAGUUCAGCUCUCUCCACACGAUAACCUGAUCCUUAGCCAACCUGUGUCAUCACCCCUCCCACUGAGUGGAGGCAAGUUUUCUACACUACUUCAGAAUUUAGGACCUGAGAAUGCAGUGACUCUGCUUGUGUUUGCUGUGACAGAACAUAAAAUCCUCAUCCACUCCCUGCGACCUUCUGUCCUCACGAGUGUCACAGAGGCAUUAGUCUCUAUGAUAUUCCCCUUCCACUGGCCCUGCCCAUAUAUUCCUCUCUGUCCCUUGGCACUGGCAGAUGUGUUGAGUGCCCCCUGCCCAUUCAUUGUGGGAAUUGAUUCAAGAUACUUUGAUCUCUAUGACCCCCCUCCAGAUGUGAGCUGUGUAGACCUGGACACCAACACAAUUUCUCAAACUGGAGACAAGAAAACUCUUGCAUGGAAGAUCUUACCAAAGAAACCUUGUAAAAACCUGAUGAACACUUUAAAUACUUUAUAUCAGCAACUGGCAGAGUUGCAACAGCGACCUAGAGAAGAUGCAUUAAUGGAAUUGGCAAUGAAUGACUAUGAUUUUAAUUCUGGGAAGAAGUUGCAUCUGUUGGAUUUGGAGAUCCAGGAAGCAUUUCUGUGUUUCAUGGCUUCAAUACUGAAAGGUUACAGGUCUUAUCUCAGGCCGAUAACAGAGGCACCCUCUGAAACAGCCACGGACGCAAGUUCUCUCUUUGAACUACAAGGUUUCCUCAAGAGUCGGGACCGUUCACAUCAGAAGUUUUACACCCUGAUGACCAAAACCCAGAUGUUCAUUCGCUUCAUUGAGGAAUGUUCCUUUGUCAGCGACAAGGACGCCAGCCUUGCCUUCUUUGAUGACUGUGUGGAUAAGGUGGAUACGGACAAAACUGGGGAAACGCGACUGAUCGAGCUGGAUGAGUCCUACAAGAGCGAGCACACGGUUUUCAUAACCCCCCCUGAGAUCCCUCCUCUGCCAAACGGGGAGGAGCACCCCCUGCAAUACAGCUAUAAUGGAUUUCCAGUACUAAAACUAGAAUUGUUUGAACGACCUGAAGGAUUUCUCACAGCACCAAAUAACAAACUGUCCUCAAAAGCCAGUAGCCCCAACAGCCCAUCACCAAUGUUCAGGAGAACUAAACAGGAAAUCAAAUCUGCACAUAAGAUUGCUAAGAAGUACUCAUCCAUCCCCCAGAUGUGGUCCAGGUGUUUGCUGCGUCACUGCUACGGCCUUUGGUUCAUCUGCCUGCCUGCCUAUGUCAAAGUCUGCCACUCCAAAGUCAGGGCUCUGAGAACUGCCUAUGAUGUGCUGCAGAAAAUGCACACCAAAAAAAUAGACCCACCUGAUGAGGUGUGCUACCGGGUCCUCAUGCAGCUCUGUGGGCAGUAUGGGCAGCCUGUGCUGGCUGUGAGGGUGCUCUUUGAGAUGCAGAAGGCUGGCAUUGACCCCAAUGCCAUCACUUAUGGCUACUACAAUAAGGCUGUUCUGGAGAGUACCUGGCCUUCCAGCAAUCGAGGUGGCUACUUCCUGUGGAUGAAACUCCGGAACGUUGUUUUAGGAAUAGCACAGUUUAAAAAAGCAUUGAAAAAGCUGCCAGCAAGCACCACACAUACACAUCCUGGGGGACUUUCAGACACUGGCAAUAACACAUCAUUCAAAGAAGAAGCCAAGCAAGGGAAAGCUUGUCUUCAAGACAUCCAAGAACAAAAGGAGGACAAGAGAGAGAGUGACUCCAGUUCUUUGUCUGAAGUGGAGAGCACAAAAGGCAGUGGUGACUGCCUGCCCAAACUGAACUACCACAACUCCAGUGAGGACAAAGCCACUUCCAGCAUCGUGCGGCUCAACGGCACAGUUGACAAUCCCAUGGCAGAAGGGAACAGGGAGAGUUCUGUGGGAUUGCUGUUUACGUCACCUUUUGAGGAUGCCAGUGAAGCAGAAGUUAUAAAAAGUAAAUCCUUAAGAAAGAGACAUAAAAGUGCAGUAGAGCCUGAUUUAAGGGAGAUACCUUGGGAAAGCAGGAGCAGGACCCUGAGUGGGGAUGGCCUGGUGGGACUCAUGAUGAACAGAAUCAAUCAGGAAGCAAACCCUGGAGAAAUGGUUGAAAAACUGGGAGCUGAUGCCAAAAUCCUGUCUAGUGCAUUACAGAAAAGCAUAAGGCCAAAAACUCUUAAUAUCAGAACUUCCUCUUUAGGAUCUAAGAGAGAAAGCCUGGAGAAAGAAUCCAGUGAUGAAGAUGCAGCUUUUGAUUGCAGUUUUACAGAUAAAACAGAGUCUCCUGUUAUCUUUGAUCUGGAAGACCUGGAUGCAGAACCAGAAACUCCUACAGCACCUCCAGUGAAAUCCUCCAGUGAGAAAUCCAGGAGGCUGCAAAGGAAAAGCAGCUUUCCAGUAAAGCCAGUUGAAAAGACAGAUGUUGAGACUGGAUUUGACCCACUGUCUCUGCUGGUUGCUGAGACAGAACAGCAGAAAGAGGAUGAUGAGGAGGAGGAUGAUAGAAGUGUUUCCACUCCCUCUGCAAGAAGAGAUUUGGCUGAAGAAAUUGUGAUGUACAUGAACAACAUGAGCAGCCCUUUGUCCAGUCGUGCCCCAAGCAUUGAGUUGCAAAAACCCUACGAUGACAGAAAUGCUAAUAAAAAGAGCCCCACAAUCAUCCAGCCUUGUAGGAGGUCCAGCCUUCCCCCAAACUCGCCAAGGCCACCCAGUCUUACCAAAUCCAAGAGUUACCAGGCAAAAAAUGAAGAAAGGCCAAGGGACAGGCUUUGGUCCUCCCCAGCUUAUUCCCCACACAGUCCAGCCAGGGAGCAGCCACAGGAUACAACCAGUGCAUUAACACUGGUGUCAUCACCCUCAUUCAACUUGGACACUCUGUUAACACCCAAGUUCGAUGUCCUAAAAAGCAGCAUGUUUUCUGCUGGAAAAGGGGUUGCAGAGAAAGCAAGCAAGUGGUACUCCAAGUUUGCAAUGUAUGCUGCAUCCUCAAAGGAUCAAAAUUCAGACCGAGCAAGUGUUUCAUCUCUUGGAGCUCUGGACUCAGAAUCUACUUCUCUCACUGAUGAAGAUGUCUGCAAUGAUUUUGAAAGUGCUUCCCCUCAGGAGAAUGCCACAUCAGAAAUUAAGGGCAUUGGCCUCAGCAGGACAAGCCUGGACAGCUCAGCUUCCCACGAUGGCUCAGCUAAACAGUUUGACCAGUGUGCAGGCUCUCUUUCAAAGUUCCCUUUACCUGACAAAUCAGAGUUGAUAUCUUCUUGCAGUACAAGCAGUACCAGCGUGUUCCAGAACUAUGCUAUGGAGGUCCUCAUCUCCAGCUGCUCACGGUGUCGGACCUGUGACUGUUUGGUUCAUGAUGAAGAAAUCAUGGCAGGCUGGACAGCAGAUGAUUCCAACCUCAACACCACCUGUCCCUUCUGUGGCAACUUAUUCCUGCCUUUUUUAAGCAUAGAAAUCCGAGACCUUCGGCGGCCGGGACGGUAUUUUCUGAAGUCCAGCCCUUCCACAGAAAACAUGCAGGUCCCAUCCCUUUUUUCCAGUCAGAGUGGGAAGUCCUGUAACACCACAGCCACUGUUGGCCUCACUACAUCUCUGAUGUCUGUUCAAGAGGAUAUCAACUCAAAUAGUAGCAAAUCUAAGCAGCAUGACAAUGUUUGUGCCAGAAGUAUCCAGAUCCCCUCAGGAAGAAGACAAAAUACCUCUGGGUCAGAAUGUACAAGUCACCCUGUGGCAAGGAGCAUCAGUACUUUUGGUCCUUUGGAAGAAGAUGGGAAGGAAAACCAGAAGAUCAGCCAUAUCAUUCCUACUGGUAGCCUGCCUGCUACUUUGCAAGGACCAACAGAUUCCUUGGGCCUGGAAUGGCGCUUGCCUAGUCCUGAUCCUAUAACAGUUCCUUACCUCAGUCCUCUAGUGGUCUGGAAAGAGCUUGAAAGCUUACUUGAAAAUGAAGGGGAUCAUGCAAUAACAGUGGCAGACUUUGUAGAUCAUCAUCCCAUUGUGUUCUGGAAUUUGGUCUGGUAUUUCAGGCGCUUGGACUUGCCCAGCAACUUACCAGGAUUAAUACUUUCUUCUGAGCAUUGUAACAAGAACUCCAAGAUUCCACGGAACUGCAUGUCAGAGGACAGUAAAUAUGUUCUUAUUCAGAUGCUCUGGGACAAUAUGAAAUUGCAUCAGGAUCCGAGGCAGCCUCUGUAUAUUUUGUGGAAUGCUCAGAGUCAAAAUCGCACUCUUUUGUUUGAGACCCAGAAGUACCCAAUGGUGCAGUUGUUGCAGAAGGAUGAUGACUCCUUUAACCAGGAGCUCUUGAGGAGUAUGGUGAAGAGCAUUAAGAUGAAUGAUGUGUAUGGACCGAUGAGUCAGAUAUUGGAGAGGCUGAACAAGUGGCCACAUAUUAAAAGACAGAGGAGCCUUUACAGAGAAAUACUGUUUCUUUCACUUGUUGCCCUGGGAAGAGAUAACAUUGAUAUAGAUGCUUUUGACAGAGAGUACAAAAUGGCCUAUGACCGACUCACCGCUAACCAAGUGAAGAACACUCAUAAUUGUGAUAGACCCCCGAGCACUGGAGUGAUGGAAUGCAGAAAGAUUUUUGGAGAACCGUACCUUUAGAUAUUCCUGGCUAAAGAGGUGAUAUCUCUGACGUGUACCUGUGUAAAAUAACCACUUCAGUCACAAGGAACAUCUCAGUCUUCAGUGUUGGAGAACGUGCGUGCGUGGAGGCCUCGGGAAAUUGGGCCUGUCUGCGGUUGUGGAGAUGGACAGAGAGGAAAACGGGCCAACUAUUAUUGCCCUGUUCCCUUGUCCUUUCUGCAGAUCAAUGUGUAGAAAGGAAGGUUCUAAACAAAAUCAGUUCUUUGACUUGGGACAGCAGAUUACAGCUCCCUUAAAACAAAAAGUUAAGAAAACAGGUGGACAGAAACAAUGCACUGAAACUAAUGUGAGCGAAGGAAAUUCUUCAGAAUCUAUUGUUUACAUAGAAUAUUCAUGAUGUUAUGAAGAGCAUACAAAGUUGUAUUAUACAUAUUUUAAAUUGUUUAUAGUAAGUUGAUAUUUUUUUAAUUUUUUUAAAUUACUGGAGUGAAUUUUAAAUGGACUUGCUGCAUAAGCAAUACAGUGCUUAUUUUUUUUGCAGUACACUGCUAUUUAUAGUAACUUGUCCAGUUACUUUUUGAAGAGUGAUUGGUUUUAAAGCAGAAUAGAAAAUGUUAACCUUCACCUAGACAGUACUUAAGAUCCAGGAUUUCUCUCAUGCACACUUGGAAAACGUGUUACCACAGCAAUCAGAAGGAAGGUAUGGUAAAAUUCUGUAAAACUCUACUAAUGAACACACUGUUGUCUCUGUAAAACACUUCUGUAGAAAUCUCCUCUUCCUCUCGUGUUCCCUUCCCUCCCCACUCCCCAGGAAAGGGAAAACCUGUUGAAGAGUCCUACAGAUUGUUAUGGAAUCAGCCCAUCUCAGCUGUUGGCAUUUGUUGGUGUGACCUCAUCCCAGAUGGAACACAAAGCAAAUGCAGCAGGUUCCUCACAAACCGCAGCGUUUGGAGUCUCAGUGGUUGUGUUAAAACACACUAAAUAUGACACAUUCAUAGUGCUAACCCAAAGCUCUUAACUGAAGUACAUACAGCAAACCUGCUACAGGGAAUGUAUAGGGAAUGUAACUUAUUGGGGCAUAUUGUGCAUAGUUAAAUGUACUUGGAAUGUUUGGUCUCUAUUUCACAGGCAAAGCAACUUUUUUUUCUCUGAAGAGAAGCGCUGUGUCAGUCCUUGUGGUGGAGUCAUGGCUUUUGCCUCAUGUUUUCUUGUUCUAGACAUUUAAAGAAAUGUUCUGUGCUCUCAGUCACAUAGCAACUCCUCACCAGAAGGUAGGCUACAGGGAAAAUAUCAGAAGUCUUGUGUGGAGGUGGGAAAACAGACAUUGAACUGUAUAAAACACCCUAAACAAAUCAUGCUUUAACAAAUAGCUUUAUUUUAAGUAAUCUUAAUGCAUUUUCCAAUUCUAAUUUCUUUUAGUUGUUGCUGUUAGAAUAUUUCUAAAUAUCAGCUGUUACAUUAGAUUUUAUAUGGCAAUCUGCCUACCAGCAGGUGUUUUUAAAAACAUCUUUAGUUUGCAAGUGUAAUAAACCAGCAAUAUUUAGUUAGGCAGAAAGUGCUAAACUUUAAAGCUCGCAUUUACUCUAUUAAAUGAAAUAGAGCGAGCCUUAGAGGCUUACAUGAGAAGUAAUGCUGCUAUGAAGCUCUGUAACCCCCUCCCAGACCUCUGUAAAGUCCUAAGAAGACGGUACCCUAAGGAGAAAGGGUUUAAAACAUGCAGAGCUGCAGGAAUGUGCCGUUGAUAGUUGCAAGAUGCAGGAUACAACUUCCAUCGGGUAAUGCCUCUUCUCUAACGUGCUGCUAAUUAUGUAGCUGACCUUUUUGAAAGUAUUCCCCCACCCUGAGGUGGAGCUGGCAAUGCUACCCCUCAGACCAUUGUUCACAUUUAAUUUAUUUUAACCAUUUGUGAUGCUCUUUGUCCUGCCAUGCUUGUACAGUGUCCCUCGUGCAUGAAAUGGAGCUCCUUUCCUCGCCCAGGUACAUGAUAAACACACCCCCUUUGUUCUUCUGAACUCUUGUGAAAUGACAGGCUGUCUCUGACCAUAUUCCCUGUGAGUAGCCCUUAGUGUGCAUGGAUGCUCUGCUCUGUGCAGCGGGAAUGCUGCAUUACCAUGGAUAACUCGCCUGCAGUAGUUGCUGUGUAUUUAAGCUCAUCCCCGUGUUCCCAGCUCCCUGCAGUUCUGCUUCCCAUGCCAUUUACCACUGGGGCAGCCACUGUAUCAUGGGACCUUCGGGCCAUGAAGGAGAGAGAGCAAGUGCUUUUUCCAGAGCUGCCGUGGUGCUCAGAGGGGCUGAGCUAUGACCAGGCUUCCCACCCCAUCCCGGUGUGGCGGAAGCACCGAGCCCGGUCCGUCCCUGGGACACGGCACUGCCGAGAUGUGUUGGUGCAGGGGAUCCAUCCCAGACCCAGCUUCCUUGUAAGUACUUCCAGCUGCCUUCAGACUUAGAAACCCAGCACUUUGGCCGCUUCAUUCCAGUGUCCACAGUCCUGCAGUGUUACCAGACAGUAGGUGCUGCCCCAGAACAGGAUUGUCCCUCAGCCUUCCAACAGUCCUUCAAUAUUCCUGCAUCCCCAGCGUGGCACUCCUGAAGCAUUGCUGAUGUUCAUUGGGGUGUGCUUUUGAAUUACUAGAUCAUGUAGUGGCUCAUCAAGUGACAUCAUUAUACUUAAUGAAUUGUUUAAUAAGGUCUGUUGCAAGUCAGUCCACUGUAGAAAUAUAUCAAAAUAGAGUUGGAAUAACAAUAUACUAUAAAUGGGAAAUUUUCCUCAUUCAAGUCAUAAUGUUCCAAACAUAGGUCCUGAGGUGGAUAAUUUUUAAGCAUCAUGCAAUUCAGUGUUGAAACAGUUUUCAAAUCUCACUGUCCUUUAUUAGAAAAGCAAUUUGACUAUAUUUUCCAAUACUGCAAAGAUGGAUAAAUAAAAUAUUUGAGACAUAUUUUCAAUUUAAAAUUUUGUAUGAACUGAAUUUUCUCCUUUUGUGUACUAAAUAAUGCUUAUGUCCAAAACCUUAAACAAAGGUUUUACAUUUGCAGUGCAAUAUAUAUUUUGCUUUACUUAUGGUUCCACUGGAAUAAUUAUUGGAGAUGAAAUACCGAAAUGUGAAUAGAAAUUGUGCUGUUUCUCUGACACUGCUGUGUCCCAUUUGAGAGGGUUUGCUGUUGGUACAGUUACAGCCUGAUGAAUUUGACUUCCACUGGCAAAUUAAAUGAUUUGUACCCCAAGAAAGAGAAAAUUCCUGCGUGCAAAAUCUUUGUGUAACAAAUGGGAGAUGCAAACAGUAAUAAUAGAGAGGGGUAUUUCUGGAUAUUAUCUCACUGGGAUUUAAAAAUGGUACUUUGUUAGUCUGCAAGCAGCACUUUUUAAAUGAAUGGUUGUAGAUUUGUAAAUAUGUAAUGUUUAAAUUUUAUUUACCAAAAACCAGUAUGUUGGAUGUUUGCUUUGGUUUGUAGUUCCUUUAAAAUAAGCAAAGUCAGUGUUCACAAUGUUAAGUUUUUUUUCUGUCUCAUCCAAAAAAAGAAGUUUUACAGUGAGUCAAUAAAAAGCUUAAAAUCUUUCUGUUUA